CGUUCCUUUUCCGCAUCACCUGCAACUGACGCGUUGACGUCACGCGGCCACCUGACGCCUGGGUGUAGUGUUCCUGUUCACUGCUGGCGAGCUAGCUGCCAACACCUGCUAGCUACAACAACUGUGUCAACAGGUAGAUUUCUUCUCCAUCUUCAAUUUCGUAUCGGAUUUAUAUUGACUGUUGGACCACAUCAAGUCAAUUCGUGUUUGGAAAACGAAGUACAACUUAAAGCCUUUCAAACUCAACCGGAGCUAUGGAAGAAGAUAAAAGACAUGUGGGCGUCGUGCUGUAACUGGAUGUGUUUGGACUCAGUGGAUGACGAGAGGGGUGGCCGUGCUGAGCCACACCCUCAGUCCUACACAAACUCCGCCUUCAGCAGCCAGCCCUCCCACCCACCUGAACACACCUGCAAGGCCUGUGGGAGGCGUCUGGACACUCCCACCACCAAGCAUGUGUGCGCCGACUGCAAAAAAAACUACUGCAACCGCUGCUCCGCCCAGCUGGAGCCCCGCCCCCGCCUGUGUCACACCUGUCAGCGUUUCCACGGCAACCUGCUGCAGCGAGCAGAGCUGAUGAAGCUCAAAGUGAAAGAACUGCGCGACUACCUGCACCUGCAUGAAGUCUCCACCCACCUAUGUCGAGAGAAGGAGGAGCUGGUGGAACUGAUCCUGGGUCAGCAGCCCUCCCCACCCCCUGAACCCGCCUCUAUAACCCCUGACUCCCUCGAUCAGAUCCCCGACAUUUCCACCUCCAGCACUGAGCCCCCGCUUUCUGUUCACGUUGAGACUCCAGAGAGCACCCCCACUGAUCCAGACACCCUAGAGCAGGACCAGGGAUCAGACCCCGAGGAAGAGGAAGAAGAGGCGGGAGGCGUUCUAGGCCGCAGGGCAUCUUUGUCUGACUUGAUGAGCGCGAGUGACAUCGAGGCGCUGAGUGUGCGGCAGCUGAAGGAAAUCCUGGCCAGGAAUUUUGUCAACUUCAAAGGAUGCUGUGAAAAAUGGGAGCUGAUGGAGCGAGUGACACGCCUCUUCCAGGACCACCAGAACUUGUCUGAGGCCGACGGUGGUGUCGCGGGCCCAGAGGAGAACCUUUGUCGGAUUUGCAUGGAUUCCCCCAUUGACUGUGUCCUGCUGGAGUGUGGUCACAUGAUCACGUGCACCAAGUGCGGUAAGAGGAUGAGCGAGUGUCCUAUCUGCCGCCAGUACGUCAUCCGAGCGGUCCACGUCUUUCGGUCCUGACCCAACACAACUCAGGGCUGUGAAGAAUAGGGCUACCUCCACCUUUUACCUGUUGUCUUCAGUGUUUUGUCACACUGCUGGGUGGAGGGGGGGAAGGAAACUCGACCCUCGGGUGAGGGGAGGUCCAAUCAGCUGCUUGAAGGAGAACAAACCUGCCGUUUUUUCACGGCGACUGCUCACUAGCGUUUACACGAUAGAGACGGACUUGGUCAUCUUCCCCUGCUGCGCUGCUAUUGUCUUGAAUGUAACCAUCUUUAAAAUGCUACGCUAGGCUAACAAUGAAACAGACUAUGCUUUCAUUAGCCUUGAAGGGGCGACAAAGUUGCACUCAAGGUGAUCUUGGAAGAAAACGUUAUUUUAGGAGCGACUUGAAACAAAGUGGAAGUGUUCCGAGGCGUCAGGAUGCCUCCCCUCGUGUCGUCACUCAUUUUGUACUGAAAGCAUUUUUAAACCUUGUGCUGGUGUUGUAUAUAUUUGUGUCUCAGCACUCAAACCUGACCAUCAAACCAUUGAUGCUAAAAUAUAAGUCCAAUAAAUUAAUACAAUUUC